UUUCUAUUGUUAUUAUGUGUCCAAUUGAAUAAUUAAUCUAUUUAAUUAUUUGGUGAAUUUCUACUAAUUAUCUAUCUUUUCUAAUUGAUUUCAAUAUUUUCUGCAACAAUCUAACCCCAUUGUCCCAGCAUCGUUUCUAAUUUUCUCUCCUAAUGUAUUUAAGAAAAGAAUAAUAAUUUUUUGGUUCUCUUAAAACCUUCAAUCAUUUUCUCUUGUAUAAAGUGAAAACCAUUUAAACCUAAAAUGAGUGUAACUGUAUCAAAUCAUUUAAUUAGUAAUAAUAAUUCUGUUCAUGUUUCUUCAGGCAAUUUAACAUCAGCUGCUUUGGUUAACCAUGGAAAUGAUUCAGGCCAUGGGUUAUUGGCUUAUACUCCGAUUUUCCUUCAAACUGGAACGGCUCAAACGAUCGCUGGUUGUUUCGUUUGGUUAGCUUUAAUUAUCUCUUGUCAUCAGAUUUAUCAACAUCUUCGCACCUAUACAAUGCCAUCAGAACAGAGAUACAUUAUUCGAAUAUUAUUUAUUGUUCCUAUUUACGGUUUUGAUUGUUGGUUAAGUUUACUCUUCUUCAAGGACAACUAUUAUGUCUACUUUGAUUCAAUUCGUGAUUGGUAUGAAGCUUUUGUGAUUUACAAUUUUAUGGCUUUAUGUUAUGAAUAUCUUGGCGGUGAAUGUACAAUUAUGUCAGAGAUUAGAGGUCGACCAAUCAAAUCAAGUUGGUGGUAUGGUUCCUGUUGUUUAGCUGGUAAAACUUAUACCAUUGGAUUCCUGAGAUUUUGUAAACAAGCAACACUACAAUUUUGCGCCAUCAAACCAACAAUGUCAGUGAUCACACUGAUUCUUCAGUCAGUUGGAAAAUAUCGUGAUGGCGAUUGGAGUGCCGAUAGUGGUUACCUUUAUGUUACCCUGAUCUACAAUUUCAGUGUCUCUUUGGCACUUUACAGUUUAAUCUUGUUCUAUCAAGCCACCAAAGAUCUUCUCUCCCCCUAUGAUCCCAUAUGGAAAUUUUUCACCGUUAAAUCUGUAAUUUUCCUCUCUUUCUGGCAAGGGGUUAUUCUUGCUGUUCUCGAAAAAGCUGAUCUAUUACCCGAAUUCUAUUCUAGUGGCACAAAGGCGAGUACUGGUACCGUUUCUGCAGGUUAUCAGAAUUUCUUGAUAUGCGUUGAGAUGUUUUUCGCUUCAUUGGCCCUUCGUUACGCUUUCCCUUACCGAAUCUAUGGUGAUUGUUCCGGUGAUGGUAACGUGAGAUCUGUAACCAUGCAGAGCAUUUCUAGUAGUCUGAAAGAAACCAUGAAUCCAAAAGAUAUCAUGAAUGAUGCUAUUCACAACUUUCAUCCUCAGUAUCAACAAUAUACUCAAUAUCAUUCACCAACACCCUCAAAGUCACCCGGUGAAGGAGGAGUUGGCAGCAGUGGCAAUGGCAAUGGGAAAUUAUCAGGAAAUGUUAACCACCAUAAUGGUGGAGGAUCGACUAAUGUUCAUUCAAAAAAAGGGGGUGGAAAAGUUCAUGAUUCACGAAUGGAAUCUCAUCAUCAUCAUCAUAAUCAAAAGCAGCAUAAAAGUGAUCAUCAUCAAAGUGGAAUGGCUAAUCUAAGUGUUUCAAUUGAUUCGGAAGAUCCAUUAGCUUCAUCCGGAUCAACUCUGGGAGAAGUUGUAACAACCUCAUCAUCAGUCAGCGCCGGUGGAUCAACAUCAUCCUCUCAAAGUAAAAAGUCCUCUUCACCCCCAUGGCCAUUGCAAACAAUCAGUCAAAAUUAUUCCGAAAAAACUACUUUACUCAACUCAGAUGAUGAGUUCCAAUAGAAAGUAGUUGAAAAUUAUUGUGUAUCAUUUUUGUAUCUUUUUUCUGUCUCUCUCUCUUUUUAUCCCUAUUCUAUUUGUCUCUAUUUAUCUCCAUUUAUCUUUAUUCAGAUGAGAUUAAAAAUCUAAGUGAGAAAAAAAAAUUCCCAUUGGAAAAAGUGAUCAAUAUAUUUUCUCAACAACAGCAAUCAAAUGGAAACAUUUUGGUUAUCUUAAUUAGCGAUGAUUAAAUUAUCUAAGAAAUAAGUUGUCAUCAACCUAACAGAAGAAACUAAAAUGUAAACAACAACUAAAUCCAUUGUAAUUAAUUUUAAUUCUUCGUUCAUUUGAUUUCAAUUCUCACUUUUAAGCACCAAUUUCGCAUCACAAUUAGUUAACUAAAGAUCAACAUGAAUAUAAGAUCACAAAGAAAAUCUCCUUCCAUUCGA